GCAGAGAGUGGACUGGCUGGAUUGAAUUGGCUCGCUCUCCAUUCGCCCAGCGUCUCUUCGUCGUCCGUCUCCGUCACAUCAACCACGAGCCCGCGAAUCCCUUCACGAUGCUUCCCACCACAGUGCUACGAGCGGCCGCCCGCGGGCCCAAGCCCAACGUCACCGGCUUCAACAUGCGGGCCUUCAAGGAGUCCACCGGCACUCCCCGAUACGAUCCCUGGGAGCGAAAUGAGGCCUGGCGAUACACCGGAACCUUCUCCCGCUGGAACCGCUUCAAGAACGCCUUCCCCGGCCUGGGCAUCGCGUCCGUCGCCUUUGCCGGCUACUGCGGCUACGAGUACUUCUUCCUCGAGGACGACCAUCACCACGGCGAGGCCCACGGUGAGGCCCACCACUAAAUUCGAGCGGCUGUACGAGAGACAUGGGAGUCGGGACUGGCGAAGAGGGAAAAGAUGGUGUGAGGGAAGCUGGUGUGUACAUAUACCUCGCGCGCCGAGAAGGGUAGACUAUCUCAGGCCACGGAACCGGCCAAUACCAAUUUUCAAGUCAAUGACAGUUGAGAUUGUGACCGCGGUGUUGUGUGGAUCAUGGUCCGCUGGUGAGGAAUUGCCUCGAUCAUUGUUGCAUGUAUUAGAUUUGUCGCCCUCACCUGAAAUGUGCGGGAGAAACCUUCCACGGGCCAUGGAUCAUACCCAAGAUAUCGUUCAUACCUCCUCUUCUUACAUAUCAUGAACUCGAAGUGAGAACCUCAGAACUCGGGUCAGAUCACAAUAUAUAUCCCAGGCCAAAAGGAAGAGCACGAGAAACG